ACUAGCUCCCCGAUGGCGCUAGUGGCGCUGCCCUAAUGACAUGGUGGCGCGCGGUUAGGCUGAGCUAGCCUCACUCCCCCAUGGGGUGGCAGCAACCCAGCUCACGCAUUGAUCCGAGACCGGAUCCUCCGCGACGGUGCAACAACUCCCACGAGCCGCCAAGGAUGAGACUAGAGACGCCGGAUGCAUUCCCAAACUUCCGCACCCAAUGGAAACAAAGAAGGGCUCGAGACACGGGAAGCUUGCCGAACCGUGUUCAUCUUUAUCUUGGACCAUUCCUUUCAGUAUACACGAUCGUCGUCACCCUGUAUACCCACUUCCCUACUGUCUUACUCUUUCCCUACCUCAUAUCAUCAGGCCAUCUUACAUGAGUUGGAGGAUAUGGCAUCCGCAACGCCGGAAGAGAUCGCCUCCUGGCCGGCACCGAACUUCGACCAUCCAGAGAAUCGCGGUCCGAUCCUGCUGGGGCUCACUGCCCCAUUCAUGGCUCUCGUUGUCGUGUUCACCGCCAUGCGAUUCUACGGUAAAGGAGUGCUUCGACAGGCGCUGGGGAUAGAUGACUGGGUCAUGCUCGCCGCUGGGAUCUUCUCGUUACCAGUAUCAGUAAUGGCUAUUGCGUCUCUAAAUUUUGGCCUUGGGCUCCAUAUUUGGGACCAAAAACCAGAGUGGCACGUACCGUACAAUAAGAUGGGAUUUGUCGUGGACAUUCUCUUCCCCAUAUCGUGUUCCCUAACUAAGAUAUCGUUGUGCUUGACGUACCUUCGCCUGUUCCCAUCGCGGGAGGAUAGGAUAUUCUGUUACGUUCUCGGCGCAUUUGUGACACUGUACACGGCUGCGUGCAUUUUCCUCAUGCUCUUCCAGUGCACACCAAUCCGGGGGUACUGGGACACUCAAGCGGGGCAACAUUGUAUCAACAUGCGUGCAACGCUCAUCUCUAUUGCGGCAUUGAACAGCCUAAGCGAUUUCCUCGUCUAUUUAUGGCCGGCCAAACCACUGUGGAGCUUGCAGCUCCCUCUGAAGCAGCGUCUCGGACUUAUUCUCCUUUUUUCCGUUGGCUGCCUCGUUUGCGUUGCCGGCAUCAUUCGGAUGUAUUACUUGGAAGUCUACUUCAAAUCUUAUGACCUUCUUUGGAACGCCUGUGUCGUUUACGCUGCCAUCACCACCGAAAUGAACAUUGGCAUCAUUUGCGGCUGUCUCUCUGGUGUCAAGCCCGUGAUGGCCGUCGUCUUCCCUCGGCUUUUCGGCAGUUCCUAUAAGUCCAAUACACGCCCCGCGACGUACGGCCGUACAGGACGUGCCACCCACCCGGAAUCCUUCCCGUUCCAACCUCUCUUCGACAGCUCCAGCAAAGCCCGGGACAAGCAAUACGAGCAUGCGAUCUCCAUUGCGGAGAUGAACCCAGAGGAUAAGGAGCGGAGGAAUUUUGCCUGGGCGAGCUCCAGCGGCGACGACCAUCCUGAUAUGCCCUAUAAUACGAUAGUAGUGAAGACUGUGGUCGUAAGGGAGGAGGAGAUUGGGAGCCCAAAGCGCGGCGGUAAGGAUGACGGCGGUAGCGAGGAGUGGAUUAUAGAAGACUUCCCUGAACCGGGGAGGAGAUAAUUGUCGAUGGAAAAGGAUACCCCGCAUUGUAGAAAGCUCAGGUUUGUUUGAUACGGCCUUGAGCUGGCGUUGAAAGCUGUGUUCCUCUUCACUAUAUGUAUGGGGUUGGGUGGGAUGAUAUUAAGGCUUAGUG